UCAGUGCUUUCUAGUCUUCCACUUACUGACACUUCAAGGCAAAAUGGGCGGAGCUGCUCGCUUGCUUGCUAUAAUUCUCUUCUGUUAUUCGAUUUUCGCUAAAACUUCCUCUCUCUACUCGAAUCAGGACUUUCUGCUGGUAAGAAACAUUAGUGCGAUACCUGGAAAUGACUAUGGGAUAUCUGGUCUUUCGCACGUCACCGUUGUUGGUGCUCUUUUACAUGGAAUGAAAGAGGUAGGGGCAACGAACACAAGGGCGAGUAGUCAGGUUGAAGUUUGGCUUCACACAUAUGCUCCAGGAUCUCGAACUGCAAUCCAUCGUCACUCAUGUGAAGAAGUAUUUGUUGUUUUAAAAGGUAAAGGCAUUGUUCUACUCGCUUCUAGUUCUCAGAUGUAUCCUGGAAAGCCUCAGGAGUUACGUAUCUACCCAAACAGCACAUUUACUAUCCCCAUGAAUGAUCCCCAUCAGGUUUGGAAUACAGAUGAGAGUGAGGAUCUUCACCUUCUAGUUGUGAUAUCUCGUCCACCCAUGAAAGCGUUCAUUUAUGAUGAUUGGAGCAUGCCACAUACUGCAGCCAAGCUGAAGUUUCCUAUGUUCUGGGAUGUUGAAUCUUUCCACUUGUUGAAAGAUGAGCUCUAGUAUCUUCUUUUCAUCAAAUCUAUCUGCUUCUUAAUUUGUUCGCCUGGUCAAAUUUCUAGAUUAAUGAUAUGAGCGUUAUGGCGACUU